GUUUUAUCUCCGCUGGGUCCUAUUUCAGAACUCUCCCAGCAAUCCUCAUUUCUUUGAUGGUACAUCUUGACGCAGUGUAUUUGUGAGCUCCUGUGUCUUGCAGUGAAAUAAUGUUCAGCUCUGCCUUCAAAGUCGAUCGCCUUCGAGUUAACUUGCAACUGGUUAUCAAUCGCCUAAAACUCCUAGAAAAAAAGAAAACUGAGCAGACCCAGAAAGCAAGGAAGGAGAUUGCUGAUUUUCUGGCCGCUGGGAAGGAUGAGCGAGCACGGAUCCAAGUGGAGCACAUUAUCCGGGAAGACUACCUCGUGGAGGCCAUGGAGAUCCUGGAGCUGUACUGUGACCUGCUGCUGGCUCGGAUUAACUUGAUUCGGGCCACAAAGGAACUAGACUCUGGUUUGGCUGAAUCUGUAUCUACACUUAUCUGGGCAGCUCCUCGACUGCAAUCAGAGGUGCCCGAGUUGAAAAUCGUAUCUUAUCAGCUGUGUGCAAAAUACAGCCAAGAAUAUGGUCAACUCUGUCGAACCAAUGAGAUUGGAACUGUGAACUCUCAGCUAAUGUAUAAAUUAAACGUGAACACUCUACCCCAAGUUCUAAUGGAACAAUACUUGGUAGAAAUUGCUAAGAACUAUAAUGUGCCCUAUAAAUCCAAGGCUGAAGCCCUAGAAGAUCUGGUCAAUAUUGGAUUUACCAAGGAUGUCAAGAAAAAUCCCCUUGGCAGAGGAGGUGGUACUGCAGUAGGAACUGGUGAUCCACCUGAGGCAUCGCCAAUACCUACACCAGGUCCCUCACCUUUGCCAUCGCCUGGUCCUUGUGUCCUGCCCCUUCCUCCUAGAAGACAGAAUGAUGACUAUAAGAAUACAUUGCUUCCCUCAGUGGUUCCUAGGUUUGCCCUCUCUGCUGUCCUUUCACGGGUGAGUUGUCUGGCAUCUGGAGAGACAGGACAAGUUCUUGUGAAACAGGCUGACUGCAUUUCUUCUGAAAGAGCUGUCCUGUCUGUGCUAAUGGACCUAUGGGUUUCAGUUGCUGAUGCUAAUAGAGUCAUUUAAGCAACUCAUCCAGGUGUGAAGGCACAUGGCUGUAAUCUCAGCCCUCUGAGAGGCUGAGGCAGAAAGAUCCCACAUUUGAGUCUCACCGGGGCAGCUUAGCAAGAUCUUGUCUCAAAAUAAACGUUAAAAAGGGCUGGGGAUGUAUCUCUGUGUGAAGACUCAGGGUUCAAUCCCCAGCAUCACAAAGUAAAGCAAAAACCUUAUUGUAUCCCUAAACCCAAGACAGAGGGAUGCCCUUAAGUCCUACAGCUCCCAAAUGACAUCUGUGUCUUCCAGAAAGACUUGUUUUAAUGCUCUAGCUCCUAAUUAUCUCUUUAUUUUUCAGCUUUUUUUCUGUAAAUAGUAUUUUUAUUUUUAAAUUUUUUCAUUAAUAUGUUUGUAGUAUAUUCAUUGUGGGGAGUUGGUAUAUGUACAUAGAACGCGUCUUAAGUUUGUUUUUCUUUAACUUAUGUUCAAAAUUUAUGUUUUCUGAAGCCAGGUGUGGUGGUGCACACCUGUAAUCCUAGCACUCAGGAGCCUGAGGCAGGAGGAUCACCAUGAGUUCCAGGCCAGCCUGGACUACAUAGUGAGACCCUGUCUCAAAAAACCACCACCACCACCACCAACAACAACAAACUUGUAUUUUCUGGACUUAUGUGCUGAAAGUAUCACUAGUUUCUUUGUACUUAUGAAAAUUUUAAAAGUCUAGUUUUCCUCAAUGAAAUUAUAAUUAUCCAGAUGGUAUGGGGAGUCUCUUUUGUAAUGUCUCUCACACCCAGGACAGCAUGCAAAUCAGGCUACAUAUUAAUUGGAUGAUCAUAAUAUGGGUAGAAAACAAGCCCAGAGCUGGAAGGUCUAGACUGAGUUUGGAUAAUGUUGUAUGAAGUAUGACAAAUCAUUUAACCUCUCUGGCCCUCUGUUUCCUUAUCUCUAAAAUGGGGAUGAUAAUACUUAUCCUAAAGACACCACAUUUUUUUUCAGGGUAGAUUCCAUAUAUUUAAUGAUAUUAAGACCAUAGAAAAGCAGAGCAUUAUAGUAAAGCAUUACAAAUCAACCUAUGAUUUUAUAGAAUUA